AUGGCGCGAUCCAACUCGGACGAAGCGACGUCCUACGUCAAGAUGCCUCAGGCGGAACUCGACAGUCGAGGCACCGACGCCAGCCUUGUCGGGUCCCACUGCCAAUACCCCCCUUGUAACCAACUAGAUUUCCUUCCCUUCAGAUGCCAGUCCUGCAACAAGGUCUUCUGCCUAGAGCACCGCACCGAAGAUGGACACCAAUGCACGAACAAGGGCGCCUGGGCCGAGCGCCGACGACAGGCCGAGCUGGCCCGACGCGGCGCCGGUGAGGGCAAGCGCAUGCGCGACUUCAUCUCCCAAAAGCCCUGCGCGCACGACGGCUGCAAGACGAUCAUCGGCACAAGUCUUGUCCCUGGCGUUCAUUGCCAAGAGUGCAACCGUGACUAUUGUAUGAAACAUCGACUAAAGGAAGACCACGACUGUGCCAAGAAGCCGCCAAUAGGGGCCCGCGGUGCGAGUGCUGCCCAAGCGGCAGCAGUCGCUGAAGGGGCCAAGAGCGCGCUCGAGAGGUUGAAGCUCUGGAGUCAGGCGAAGAAAGAGAAGUUGGCAUCGUUCGGGUCGUCAUCGUCAUCCAAGGCGAAGGUCGAGCAGAUGGUGGCUGUCAACAACCUGAAGAAAACAGCGAAGGGUGAUGCGAAGAUCCCGCCAGAGAAGAGGAUAUAUCUUUAUGUGGAGGCUGAGGCGACGACAGCGAAGGCGAAAGUACCGAAGGGGGAGUUCUUUUACAACCAGGAUUGGGUGGUUGGCAAGAUGCUAGAUGCUGCUGCCAAGAGCUUACAGGUUCAGAAUGUCAACAACCAGUCAGACAAAGAGGAGGAUAGGUUGCGGGUGUUCCAUGUUGAAGGCGGCCGACUGCUUGACUUCAAUGAGAAGCUGGGUACGGCUGUGCAAAGCGGAAAUACCGUGGUGCUGCUGAGGGGUGUUGGGCCGCCGCCGGAGCUGAUCGAUCUUUAA